AUGAAGUUCUUCAGCCUCCUCUCACUUGUCGCCUUUGCCAGCGCCGCUCCCUUGAAUGAGCUCACCAAGAGAGACACUGCUACCUGUGGCAACGUCUUUUACAGCGCCAGCGCCGUCAGUGCCGCUUCCAACGCCGCAUGCAACUACGUCCGGGCUGGCAGCACUGCUGGAGGCUCGACUUAUCCUCACCAAUACAACAACUACGAGGGUUUCCGCUUCAAGGGUCUUUCUAAGCCGUUUUACGAGUUUCCUAUCCUGUCUUCGGGCAAGACUUAUACUGGAGGGUCUCCUGGGGCUGACCGUGUUGUGAUUCACGGCCAGUGUUCGAUUGCUGGUAUUAUUACGCAUACUGGAGCUAGCGGGAAUGCUUUUGUUGCUUGUGCCGGUACUUCUUAG